UCCAAAUUCAACCGUGAAAUUGACAAAAUGACUGGAAACCCAGACGGGCAACGAUGAAUCAAUUCUCCGAGUUGAAAUCCCCGCAUAGUGAAACUGUGCAAGCUAACUACAACAAACUUUCCGAUCACAUCCGAAGAUUGACCCCCCAAGGUAUACAGUGCAGUGUGUUUUGCGGGGGCGCCAAUUGCAAAUAUGAGAAUCCCGAGAAUUGGAAGCCGGAGAGUCUUGCCCUUCACGGGAUCUAUUCCCACUGGAUCACUGACGAUAUUUUGGCGAUGGCACGCCCUAGCACCACUGUCAUAGUCCAGAAGAAUAUAAUUCAACAAUUCGACAGUUUAGGCAUCAAAUCAAUCAUAAAUUUGCAAACUCCGAGAGAACAUGCCAGUUGUGGACAGCCGUUGGAAAGAUCUGGAUUUUCAUAUGACCCCAACAUGUUCAUGGAACAAAACAUUUACUAUUACAAUUUUGCAUGGAAGGAUUAUGGUGACGCAACUCUAGCGGGACUUUUGAACAUGGUGAAAGUUUUAGCGUUCGCAUUGAACGAGGGGCGUGUAGCGAUACACUGUCAUGCAGGUUUGGGAAGAACGGGCGUUCUUAUAGCCUGCUACUUAGUAUUUUCCUUGCGUGUUUCUGCAAACGAUGCUAUUCGUUACGUAAGACUGAAGAGACCUGGAUCAGUACAAACUAGAGGACAAAUUUUGUGUGUGAGACACUUUGCUCAGUUCAUUCUUCCCCAAACAAUCACCUAUUACAUAAAAGAAAUUGUCAGUAGAGAUAAAUAUAUGAAUGAAUUUACUCUCAGAAGGUUCUUGAAAAGACAAAGAGUAGUACUCCACGGUUAUGACGAGAGAAAUUUCAAAUUCAUCCCCAAGAUCGUUCAUUGUAUAUGCGAGAGAAUUCUGAAAAUGUGUUCAUGUUGGACAGAUGAAUUUUCACAGUCGAAUAUUCCAUAUACUUCAGAUUUUUUGACAGCCAAGUUACAUGGGAAUAUCAACAGGAAUGAGAGUUCUUACAGUAUCAGCAGCAUAUCUAGUUGCAACUCUGAACAAGUAUUACUAGGCUCAGAACUGGAGAAAUCAUUCUCCACUGAAAUAUCAAGCCCUUCCAGUCCCAAUCCUUCAGAGAUGGGAGACCUUACUGAUUCCUUUUCCGAACUUAGUACUCUAGAUGGAGAUGAAAUGAAUGAAGAAUUUCUGUUAGAAAAUCGUUGUUUCCAAGAAUUGGAAACCCAAAAAAAUUUUUCCCAAGAUGUGGUAGAGGACAAAAUAGCUGUUCAAGAUAUUAGUAUUGCCAUCAAAGCACUAACAACUAGCUUAGAAGUACUAGACAAUGCAACAAAGAGAAAAGUGAGACAAUAUCAACAUGAACUCAAUUCCUCACAACUUGGUUGGGCCAGAUUGUUAGUUGAAAGGAAUUUAGAGGUUCUAGCAUCACUUCUUUUUGAAUGGCUUGAAGGACUCAAAGUGCCCAUUUUGCAGACAAAUGAUUUUGAAAACAUUGUAAUUCUGUACAAGCAGCCUGAAGCAUGUCUUCAAAAGAUUGCAUUGGAAGAAUGUUAUUUGAUAGAGUAUUUGUUGAGGUUUCAAAGCAAAAUUCAACCAGUUAGUAAAACAGAUAGAGAAGACUUGAUGAGAAGGUUGAUUGCAGCACUUUCUCAACACAGUGUCUUGAUAAACAAUAAUUUGGUUCCAUCUGGAAGAGGUUUUAGGAAGAUAGGAGGAGGAACAUUUACAUGCACAUACAAUUUUUUCCAAUCAUUACUGGAAAUGAUUGAAAAUCACUCCUCUCAGAAACCCACUUCAUUCAGUAGUGAAGAAAAAAUGUCUGAUAAUGAAUCUGAUGUUGAAAGGGGCUUCCAAUGAAAAAAGAGAUUAUUUAAAAGGAUAGGGGAUAUAUUUUGAUACAAGCCAAAAUGUUACAUACCAAAAUGUGGGGGUAAUGAGUUGACUUUACUAUACCUAUAUUUACUGUUUUCAUUUGAAUUUAUUAAAUAAAU